AGACGCGCCCUGUCAUUUUUUCCUAUCCGUUCGAUCAAGCCAAUCUGGUCAAGUUCUUCCAUAACAUAAAGCCAACAACCACAAACGCAGCACAAAUCUGGCACAAUCUUCCAUCGGGCUAAUCCAACUGCCCACGCUCGGCUCAACUCCUGCCCCUCACUCAUACCGGCUCCCCUACUAGUCAACUCGCUUCGAAAAAGAAGGAGAGACAUGGCGCCAGACGCCUAGCCCCCCUGGCUGACAGCAAUUCCCAAGGGACUGGAAAUGGUUGCAUGCACCUCAGGACAUACCCCCUCCUUUUGGCAUUGUCUCCAGACCCACGAGUCCACGACGCCGUGAUGGCAAUUUCCCCCUCCCAGGUUCGCUUUCCCUCGCCCUCUCUCGCGAGCACUCAAGUUCCAACACCCAUCCAACAGGUGACAGGUCCAGGGCCACCUUCAUCCAAGCCAUGCCGAGACCUCGAUGCUCGCUCAGCCCGCAGGACUCAGGAGCCUGUCCGACCAAGCCUGGGCCAGCCCACUACAGCAGACAGAUCACAGAGGCACUUUUUUUUUUAUACCGAUGUGCAUUUCAACGAGCUAAUACCAAGCUUGCCAUGGAUGGAAAUCCAUAGCGUCCGCCCUGCUCGUCUGGCGGUUCCAUACCAGAGACAAGAGGGAAACCUCCAUCGAUGCGCUCGAAUCGAUGGCGCGUCCGUACACUACAGAGACGGAAACACUGUGAAUCCUCCCCCGGAACUGGGUCUCGACACUCACCCGACCUACGGAUAUCUUUUGCUGAAAGGGUACGAUAUAUCCUAGCUUGGGCUCGUGGACCACACGACUGGCAUCCACUCAGCGGCCACUCCAUGUCGACGGUCGACGCCAGCGCCAACACCAACGCUAACACUGGCAAACCACCACCACCAACAACAUUACCUCACCCACACCCGCGCCCAGGAUCAUUACGCGCUAGUUGUUACGAUGGGAGCACUGCAAAUUGAGAAAGGUCUCUAACCCACCUCGUCUUCGUAAUUCGGCAAACGAGAGAGUCCGAUCAGCCCAAUCGCCUGAUCAGUGCUCCAGAUUAAAUGGGGUACUCUUUCAACCUGAUCCUCGCAACAUUCUUGGCCCCGGGCGUCUGCCGAUGAACGACAUGGAAUUCGACGUUUCUUAAAGCCGGACAGCACCGGAUUUGCAGCCGCGCCCGGGGC